CGCGCGCGGCCUUCUCCCGCCCCUCCCGAGUCGGGCGGGAGAGGGGAGGGAGCGGGUGCCACGUCUCCGUGCGUGGGGCUUUGUGCGGGGAACAGCGCCGCCGCUGCUCGCCCCGAGCCAUGGGCUCCUCGCAGAGCGUCGAGAUCCCCGGAGGGGGCACCGAGGGCUACCACGUCCUGCGGGUACAAGAAAACUCUCCGGGCCAUAGAGCUGGAUUGGAGCCAUUCUUUGAUUUUAUCGUGUCCAUUAAUGGUUCAAGAUUGAAUAAAGACAAUGAUACUCUCAAGGACCUCUUGAAAGCAAAUGUUGAAAAGCCUGUAAAAAUGCUGGUGUACAGUAGCAAAACACUGGAGCUGAGGGAAACAUCAGUGACCCCCAGCAACAUGUGGGGUGGACAGGGCCUGUUGGGCGUGAGCAUUCGUUUCUGCAGCUUUGACGGGGCCAAUGAAAACGUAUGGCAUGUUUUGGAAGUGGAACCUAAUUCUCCUGCUGCAUUAGCUGGACUUAGACCUCAUAGUGACUAUAUCAUUGGAGCAGAUACAGUCAUGAAUGAGUCUGAAGAUCUCUUUUCCCUUAUUGAAACACAUGAAGCAAAGCCAUUAAAACUUUACGUGUACAACACAGACACUGAUAAUUGUCGGGAGGUGGUGAUUACUCCAAAUUCUUCCUGGGGUGGAGAAGGCAGCCUAGGCUGUGGCAUUGGUUAUGGAUAUUUACAUAGGAUACCUACACGCCCAUUUGAAGAGGGAAAGAAAAUUUCUCUCCCAGGACAGUUGCCCAGUGCAUCUCUCAGUCCUCUCAAAGAUGGCUUCACAGAGGUUCAGCUGUCAUCAGUUAAUCCCACAGCCACAUUACCCCCUGGGUCAGCAGGACUUGAACAGAGUCUUUCAGGACUUUCUAUUAGUUCACCCUCAACUACUGUCAGUAACGUUCUCAGUACAGGUGUUCCAACAGUUCCAUUAUUACCACCACAAGUCAGUCAGUCCCUCACCUCUGUGCCACCAGUUAACCCAGCAACAACAUUACCAGGUCUGAUGCCAUUACCAGCAGGACUUCCCAACCUGACUGAUCUGUCCAAACUUAAUUUACCUGCACCACACAUUGUCCCAGAAAUCGUGCAGCCCGGUUUGCCAUCCCUUCCUUCCUUGUUGCCGCUGAAUCUAAUGGGAAUAACACCUCUAUCAGUGCCACCCAAAUGUGUUCCUCUGCUUCCUUUGGUCACAGAGGCAUCUACAGUGCCUACAGAUUUGCUUCCCUCCAUUACUCAAGCCGGAAGCGUUCCGAUCAACCCUGCCACUACUGUAAAUGUAGAACAGACCUCGACGCUCACCUUGGAUAGUACUACCCCAACUUCUAAGGCAACUGUUGUUGACAGAUCAAGUGAAUCCUCCACAGUUAAUGAGAAAACCUCUGGAGUCACAGAUACACAAGCUUCUGAAUCAUAACUCCAGGUCACUCUGUUGGAUUGGCUUGGUAUUUAUGUAGCCAUUGGAUACAUAUUUGAAGAGCAACCUAUCAUUAAUUUCAUACUAGUUUGUACUUAAUCUUAGGAGUCCUGUAAAUAAUAUGGAGGUAUAAUAAAAAUAAAAGGGGGUUUAUAAAGUGUGUGUGGUGGGAGGGGAAGAAGAGUACUUGUAUGUAACCAAAAAACAAGUCAAGGUGGUACAUAGAUUUCCACUGCCAAACUCGGAGGUAUAUGUUUUUAAUAUAGGCUGAUGGCUUUAGCCUGCUAGGCCUGUCCUUGCUUAUAAUUAGCAGUUUUUGCUUCGGAUAGAAAUGAAGCGGUUCUUGCGUGUGACAUUUACAUACCAUACUUCUUGAUCUUUGCAAGUAUCUUGUUACUACAGUGGGGAUGAGAAUGUUUAGUCCGAGUUGUAUAUUUUAACAUGGCAAAACUUCCACCUAAAGAUAUUUCUAUUAAAGUUGCUGAGUGACCUAUUAACUGACAUCUCGUUAUUCAGCUUUUACACAAAUCUUUGUUUUUAAGCUCUUGAGAGAUGCUCAAGCCAUGUUUUGUGACUGCUGCUGUGUUGUUUCAUAUGCCCGCUGUAAAAUGGCAUUUGGAAGGGAACACAGGAAAUGCUUAAUAUGGCACACAAUUUAGCACUUCAUGACUACUGUAAGACAAGUUAAUGGAUUAAGCAUACAUACAGCAAUAAAUUCCUGGUAUUUUA